AUGCUUGUCUCAGUUGAAAACCCUAAUGGUGCUUACAAGGGGCUUGUACGCAUUGUUGGGCUUUUCGAUGCCGGGAGCCGCUACGAGAAGGAUCUUGAAUCUCGUGGAAUUACCCAUUUGCUACGACGUUCUUGUGGUUUAUCAACCAAGGAGCUUACUCAAGUAAAUCUUACUCGUCAUCUCAACCAGAUGGGUGCAUCGUUAAGAUGCGCCACUUCUCGGGAGCAUUUGAUUUUUUCAAUUGAUGCGCCGUCCUGCUUUGCCCACAGAGCUGCUCAACUACUUGCCACAACAGCCACACAAACACUCUUUUUUCACUGGGAGCUGAAAGAUGUAGUAUAUCCCCUUAUGGAGUAUGACGUAGAAGUCCUAAGUCGACGCCGCUUAGAUGCACCUACAUUUUUUUUAUUUCUCAAUUUAUGUCUGACAGUAGCCUCCGAGCUGCUACACGAAGCCGCCUUUGGUACCCAUCCGUCCGGCACAGGGCUUGGCAAUUCUUUGUAUGCCCCUAAGUCUAUGCUAACUUGGUUUACGGAGGACGCGAUUUCCUCUUUUACUUCUUCUUACCUUCGUCCAGAUCGACUAGUCUUGGCAGUUGUUGGCCAUCAUAAUGGACAAGAGCUUUUACAAUCAACUACAAAGCACAUUGACUUACUCGAUACGAAUCCUAGUAAUACAUCCAAAGAGCAUAAGGAAGAUUCUAAACCCCACGGGUUUGUAGGAGGUAAUAUUGCUUAUUUCUUCCAAGUUGCAUAUGUGUGGACCAUUAUUAAACUUAUCAAUCAUUUACUUCUCGCUUGGCCUACAUCUGGCAACAAAGAUUUGAAAAACCAUCUAUCCUUAGCUGUGAUCUCUAGAGCCCUUUCUGGAUCUGCUGGCCGCAUUUCUCACACGACUACAGCUUACUCAGGAAAUCGCCUUAAUUCCUCCUUUGGUGAAAGUCCGGAAAUUGAUUCUCUUGCCAUGGCCUCUGGCCUGUACGAGUCAUACACUGACCAUGGUAUUUUUGGUUUCGCGGUGACGGCCAAAUGUGGGAAAGCAUUGGCCAGGCGAGCCCAGCAUUGCGCAAAGGUUAUCCACAAGACCUUGGGGGAUGAAGAGGUCCUCCGUGGCAAAGCCCUCUUAAAAGCUGAUUUAUCUAUUGGUUUCGAAAGUAGCCUUUCUUUAGCAAAUGAUUUGGCGCUACAGAUUGCACGUAAUGAGAGCAAUACUUAUCUACAGCCUGACCAACUUUUAAGUUCAAUUGAAAAAUUAACAACUCAGGAUAUUAAUCAGGCUAUGAAAAAGGUCCUUUCAUCUCCAAAGACUGCCAUGUCCGUCGUUGGCUCAAACACUCACUUAGUUCCUCACAGAAGCAUUCUUCUAUCUUCAUAG